UUCCUUCAAACUCAUUUCCUGCAUUCUUACAUCACUUUCCAAACCCUAAUUUCCCCCCGAAAUUUCAAAUUCCCAAUUCCUUCAAUGGCGCCAAAGGGAGAGAAGAAGCCCGCGGAGAAGAAACCCGCAGAGGAGAAGAAGUCCACAGUAGCCGAGAAAGCUCCGGCUGAGAAGAAGCCAAAGGCCGGAAAGAAGCUACCCAAGGACGGUGGUGCUGCUGCCGGAGACAAGAAGAAGAAGAGAAACAAGAAAAGCGUGGAGACAUACAAGAUCUACAUCUUCAAAGUUCUGAAGCAAGUUCACCCUGACAUUGGUAUCUCAAGCAAGGCCAUGGGAAUCAUGAACAGUUUCAUCAACGACAUCUUCGAGAAGCUUGCUGCUGAAUCCUCCAGACUUGCGAGGUACAACAAGAAGCCGACGAUUACUUCGAGGGAAAUUCAGACUGCAGUUAGGCUUGUUCUUCCUGGAGAGUUGGCCAAGCAUGCUGUUUCUGAAGGAACAAAGGCUGUCACCAAGUUUACAAGAGAGAAGAAGCCAGCGGAGAAGAAACCCGUAGAGGAGAAAAAGUCUACCGUAGCCGAGAAGGCUCCGGCUGAGAAGAAGCCAAAGGCCGGAAAGAAGCUCCCCAAGGACGGUGGCGCUGCCGCCGGAGACAAGAAGAAGAAGAGAAACAAGAAGAGCGUAGAGACAUACAAGAUCUACAUCUUCAAAGUUCUGAAGCAAGUUCACCCUGACAUUGGUAUCUCAAGCAAGGCCAUGGGAAUCAUGAACAGUUUCAUCAACGACAUCUUCGAAAAGCUUGCUGCUGAAUCUUCAAGACUUGCAAGGUACAACAAGAAGCCGACGAUCACUUCAAGGGAAAUUCAGACCGCAGUUAGGCUUGUUCUGCCUGGAGAAUUGGCCAAGCAUGCUGUAUCUGAAGGAACAAAAGCUGUGACCAAGUUUACAAGUUCUUGAACUGUAUAAUUUGUAGGGUUGUGUAUCUGAAGUGGUUCUUGUUAAUGUCUAUCUCGCUUGGGAUUAGAUCUGAAUUAAUGUGUAAUUUUCUUUUAAAAAUCAAAUGAUUAUAUUGUGUAUGAAUUGAAUUUGUUAUUGGUUCUUUUCAUAAUAUUUUUAAUUCAGUUUUCGAAUUAAGGAAUAACUGGUUGAAGAAAAUUAAGUUUCUAUUGAAAUUGUGUUGUGUAAGAGUCAUUGUUUGUAAUGUUUGUAAUUUGAGAUGAAAUCUGAUGCAACAGGUUCAAACCAUUUUGCCAUCAGCGGUUAGGGACUUUGAAGUCAACAUUCAUUUCUCGGAUCUUAUCAAAACCAAAGAAUCCAUUGGUGAUUCUUCUUGAAUCUACCAAACCCUAGUGAAGUCUUAUCUAUGGUCUAAAGUAACAA